AUGAAGAACUUAAACGUGCUGCUCAGGAGGCCACAUUUGCCUAUCACCUUGUUUCUUGCCACUGGGGACUCCUACAGGACCAUUGCGGGGAGCUUCAGAGUGGGCACAUCAACGCGAUGGAGGCAUCAUGGCCAACUCUGCCUUUGGUGA